CUCUAAAUUAUAUUGGAUUAUCUUUUAGAGAACCUAAAACUUUAUAUUUGAGGGAUAGAGUAUCUCUUGGAGAUGCUCGUGGUAGUUCAAUAUUGUACCUUAACUGUAACGUAAAUGUUGUUAUCUUUACUUAGACGUCUUUGAUAUGUAAAAAUUCUAUCUCUGUAUCCUGUUUGUACUGGCCUCUCCAAGGUUCACCAUUAUUGGAUGAUGCACUGGGUUGAUAUAUAUAACAUAACUUUUUGGCAAAAAAAAGAAACAAGAAAAAAAAAACAGUCUCUUUGGCGAUAGCGAUUUGGUCGGAGAUUUCUCCGAUUACAUUGAUUGGGACUUUAGUGAAUCUUCACAGAAGCAACUUCACGGAGAACGGCGAGAAGAAUGUGGAAUUGAGAGCGUCGUUAGAGGAUCGAGAAGCGUCGGCCGUUUCACUGGAGAGAUCUAGUGUUGUUCGUUGAUGAAGGGGUUCUAAUUUCGAUACCUAACGGAAUUGAUCAUUGAUAAGGUCUCAUUCCGGUGGCAAUCGUCGUCGCCGGAAACAAUGUGCACAGAUACGACCUUGAGGGGAUGAUUCAAGUGAGAGAAAGAUAAAGUUUUUUUGCCUUCAGUCUGAUUCUGCAUUGAAUACUUCCAGUGGGCUGCAGGUUGGUGCUUAGUGUUCUGUUGAUACUCAUUCCACAUAUUACCACUCUCUAAUUUUGUGACGUCAGGAUAAUACUUAAAAACGUUGUAGCAAAGCGGGAGAUGGCGAAGAAGAGAGAGAGUCCCAAGCUCAUCAAAAUCAAAGACGCCAUUAAACUCAUCAACCAACAAGUCAGUCUCAUUGGUAUCGUCCUUGAACAAAGAGAACCAAAACAAUGUCGCAACAAUGAUUGGAUUUGUACGCUACGGAUAAUUGAUGAUACGUAUCCAAGUCCUGGACUUACUGUUAAUGUAUUUAGUAAGACUCUUGAACAACUUCCUCAAAUCAAGAACCACGACGACAUGAUUCUGUUUACUCGCAUUAAGAUGCAAACUUUUGAUAGUGGAGAAAGAGUAAAUGCUGCUUGUAGUAGAUGGGUUUCUUCCUUUGCCUUGUUCGAAGGUGUGGAUUUUGUUUGUUACCAAUGUAGUACCAAUUUUCAUGAAGAAGAAGCAUUAUACAAGAGUGCCAUGGAUGAUUUACGCAAAGUUUUUGCGGGUUGUAGCCAAGUUAUUAAAGCUAUGCAGAGUAUAUCUUACAGAACAAAACCUUGCUCCGAAGUUUUUUCCUUCUUGAGAGAGAUCAAGAUAGGAAAACGCUUUGAUUUGGUGUGCAGGAUUCUCCAUGCCGAUGAAGAUACUAGCGCUGUUUUUGUUUGGGACGGGACUGAUGCACCCCCAGCAUCUAUUCUGGCUAAGAGAAGUGAAGAAGACAAGGCAUUUAGCAGUCUCUCUGUUCAUACUUUACUGUCAAGAGAUGUACUGCUCAGCUUUCCAACCGUUGGAACGAUCUUGAGAGUUCAUCUAAGCAGUCAUCUAUUUUAUCGGGUUAAACCUGGUGAUUGGGUGAAACUUUACCAUUUACUCUGUGAAGUUGAUAGAGGAUCUUGGGUAAUCAAAGUUACCAGCUCUACAAAGGUUCAUCAUCUCGCUCAAGAUGAUCGUUUAGUUGAAAAGAUCAUGAGGAUAUAUGAUAAGAGACUAUCAUCAAAGUUGGGACACAUUUCAUUCUGGUGUUUUCCGUCACCUCCUGGAUUAACAGAGACAGAUGACAAUUGUGCCCCAUUUGUUACACUGAUGGACAUCAUAACAUUCCCCAAGGUUACAUGCAAGUACAGAUGUAUUGUUCGGGUUGUAGCUGCAUAUCCUUGGCAAGUAGAGGAUUUCUGUUCAGAUGAGAAUCGCCGUCACCACCAAGUUUUGUUGACACUGGAGGAUUCAACAGCGACUUUAGAGGCUUUCUUAUGCAAUAAAGACGCAGAGUACUUUUGGGGUUUAGGGUUUCAGGACACAGAGACGCUGAGGAAGAAGCGGAAUUGGUUGCUCGGUAUACGGGAAAGCUCGAACUUUGUGGCUCCAAGAAAUCCACCAUGGAUCGAGUGCUGCAUCCUCUCCUACUAUACUAACAAAGCUGACCCGUGGAAUACUAGAUUAUACAGAAUCUUUGGUACUAGACUACUUCAUUAAGUAUUUGUAAGUGUUAAAAGAGGAUUAAAUAGUUUAGUAUUAGGCUCAUGUUAAGAAUGUUGGAUUUGGCUUACUUAAGUAUGGUAGUUGUGUUGUUUUAGUUCAUGAAGACCUUGUAACCAAAAGAACAUCUUCAUGAUAUUAACCAAAUCCAAAGACUGAACACAAAAAUAUCUUCCUCUAGACCUAAAGAGUUAAUAGAAGCAGCAGGCAAUAUACACAUUUUCAUUGUGGAACAACUCUACCUUGUUCAAAGUUUUAAAAUGGUUUCGACCUGUGGAAUGUUUCACUAACAGUCCUUCAUAAAACUCCACAAUC